AUGGCCUCUCGAUCGCAACACAACGAAAGCCACUUGCUUCGCCUACCCACCGAACUUCUCAUCCAAAUCGUCAAAGAACUUCGUUUUGUAAAGGUCCUUUUAACCGACGAGUACCCGUACCUAGACAUAAUACAUCAUGGUCCCGAUACUACGUUGUACAGAGACACUCGAAUCGUGAAAGAGGCAUCUCAAGAUCUAAAGUCUUUGAGAUUGACGAAAAGAACAUUCGCAGACUUCCCUGGCUUGAAAAACAUUCUUUUCAGAAACAUUGAGAACCUCCGCAACUCCCAGGAAUCACCCGAGCCCUUUUCUUACGAAAAUCUGGAGUCCUGUUAUGAUGCUUAUAUGAACGAUGCGAGAGAUACGCAAGUAUUGCUCAAAAAUCCAGAGGGCGAGCUCAAGAAAGCAUGGACAGAAAUUCACAAGGUCUUGGGAGACCGCAUUGAAAAGGUGAAGCUUCUAAGCUAUGCUUGUGAAAAGAUUCGCCAAGUCAAGUAUCUUGACGCUCUCAAAAUGGAGAACAUCGACAUACCAUGGCAGCUUCCUCCACACGGUCUUGUGAACGAAUGGUCAGUAUUUGGGUUCCACAAAGAGCAUGCUGACCCUACUGUCGAUUACCUUUGCAAGCAAGCUACAGCUGUCACGGGUGACAAGCUCAUCGCCAUGGUGUUCACAUGCCUGGCAGCUUCGGGUGUUGCCAUCCCCAAUCUCAUCAUCCACAAGCUCAAAGUACUCCACAUCUCUCCCGAAAUCCCUUCUGGCGAGAUCGGUCUCGUGGAGCGAUAUAUUUGGGCUUUUAGGUUGAACUUGCAUCCAGAGAAGAUGAAGAUUAAGCGUGGUAACUUCUGUCACAAUCUACUGGAUAAGUGCCAUUCCAGCAUACAGCAUUUUGCAUAUGGGAUCGAUCAUACCGGAAGAGGUGUUCUCUCUUGGCCAACGCAACGACCCACUCAUGACUUCCCAGAACUUACUCAUUUGACCCAAAAGGCCGACACUUCCCCCCAAGCCCUUGCACCAUGGCUUCUCCAUCUCAAGAAUCUCAAGCGUCUCGAUUUAUCUGGUGAUCUCUGUCGGGGGCAGUUUCUCGUUGACUGGCACUAUGUCUUCAGUGCGAUAGGCAGACACCCCAAUGUAUCAGGGGAGAUACCCAAGGGUCUCAGGGUUAAUAUUGAUGACCUUAAUAUGAUUCAAGAUGAGCUUUCGUACAGCGGUGUUGUUUGUAAGGAUGUUAACAUCGCUACGAAGAGACAUGGGCGCGAUAUGAGUCUUAAGCAUUGGGAGAAUGUAAACUAUGGCAUUGAAGCUCACUUCUUCGACGAGAUUCCUUUCCAAGAGAACAAAGCGCUGUUAUACAGAAUGGGAUGCUGGUAUCCAAGGGAUCAAGAGGAAGAUGAAAGCGACUCAUGUGAAUUGGAUAGUGGAGUAUUUUGCCGAAUCACAUUACUAGCUAGAUAG